UGGCAAAUCAAUUUUAUCAAAUAACUUCGCGUCAGUUUAGUAGUUUAGUCACACACUCCGGAAGAAAAAUUGUUUGUGUAGUUUUCUAAAACUUUCAAAUCAUCUAUUUAUUGAACCUUUUACUAUCUUUUAAAAUGUGCACUAUUGAAUGUGAAUGCCAGCUUCAACAUGCCCAGCCAGUUGCCAGCUGUGGAGAUUUCCUGUGCCCCAAACCACCAGUUGGGGAGACUGAUACCCCCUCCGGAAAGUCACGGGUAAAUGCAAUGCGGCAGCUGUUUGAGCGCAAAAUUCAAGUGAAGGAAAAUCGACGCAGCUCCAAAAGAGCCGAUCCAGACUGCAAAAGUGCCCUAGUCUUGAGUGGAAACAAUCGGCGGGGUUCCAUUGAGUACGACGACGACAACGUUCCGCCAGUGAUAGAGCAAAUUACCGUGGAAGACAUUCCUCAGGACUCGACCAGAUUCUACCGGAGUCACACGAAAAUUGUCAGCGUUCCGAACGGGGUGAAGAUCAUCACGACGAUUUUGGCUAACGAUAAUGUUUCACCGGGGGAUGAAUUUGGCACGGUUUACGAAACAUUGAUCUUUCCGGAGAGUGAAAUUAUUAGACAGUUUGAGCAACAUGUGAAACAAGAUAGAUGCCUCAAAUCGGAAAAUUUGAAAUAAACGUUUUAAUACUA